AUGUGGCUCUUUUAUCUAAUAAACUUGUUAUUAUUUUGCUAUUUCACACAUGUUACGUCUCGUAGCGCCAAUGAGUUUUACACAUUCCGAGAUGCCAAGGCAACUUCUCUUUUUAUCGCAGUAAAUAAUGAUGUUGAGAAACAUUCAGCUUCUAGAGCCUUUCAAAUCGGUCCUUCCUAUUGGUGUAGCGCUGGGCAUCACACUGAAACAGAUUUUGUUUCAUGGACCGGAGAAUUGAACGAGAAGGCAAAAAUAUCGCAACUUGAUGUGUUUUGGGAAUACGCUCCAAAGGAAGUAGAAGUAUCGCUGUCAAUAACAGGGGACGAUUUUAAUAUUGUCAUGCCAUUCAAGGAGACGUUUGGCAGUAAACCUUCUUAUAAGGAAGUCUUUAAAUUUGAUACUCCACAUGAGGCCAGAUUUGUUAGAUUAACCCUUAGAGGUUCAAUAAACACGUAUUUUGGAAUUAGAGAAAUACACAUUGUGGGAUAUGGCAGUCCAUUGUUCAUGAUAAAGUCUGGUAUAUCUAGUCCAGAAGGGGAAAUGUGUCUCCAAUUGGAAGAAGGUCAAAAUACCAAUAAGGCGAGAGUUGUUCUAGACACAUGUACACAUGCCAUAGCUGCUUCGGAUGGGCGUGAACUUUGGAGACAUAAUUCACGCCAACAAAUUGUAAGUGCUAUUACAUAUCCUCCAAAAUGCUUAACUGCGGCUGAUCCCUCAAAACAUGGAAGUAUUAUUCUGGACGAUUGUUCUGAUGAUUCACUCACGUGGGAAUUUAUGGGCAACUCGCAACUUUCACUAAAAAGUACUGAAGAGCUUUGUUUGACCCAGCAGGACGAGUAUUCCAGUCAGGCAGGAAUGGGUAAUCUAAUAGAGAUACUAAAAUCAGAAGUUAAAAUCACAUCCACAGGAAGUACUGAGGGUCAUGAAGAGAAAUUCGCGAUAGAUGGUAAUAUACAAACAUACUGGGCUUCUUUACUAUUUCAUGAUUCUAAUACACAUGUGACCAAUAUUUCUAUAGACUUUGGUAAAGUUGUACAUGCAUCCAGAGUAAGGAUUGAUUGGGAAUAUCAACCAUUUGCUUAUUUUAUAGAGAGUAGUGAUGACAAUAUUAUUUUCAAGAGGUUGGUGGCUAAUUUAUCCAAUGCUUCCCAUAUAACUACGGAUUCUUUCUACGGAACAGACUUUAGAUAUCUAAGAGUUGUAAUGAUGAAACCACAUUAUUCCCAUGGAAAGGUUUCAGGAGGCUUCAUAUAUGGAAUUAGAGAUAUUUCAGUUCUCACUAGCAACCUUCAAACUGUAAUUGGAGAUUGUAGAGCAGCUGCAAAUAGUUCAGAUGCAAGAGAUAAAUAUUUUGUUUCUUAUGUUAGCUCAUUUGAUCCCAAGCUUUCCAGUAAAAUUAAAUCAAUGGAAGACGAUCUACAUGGUAUUAUAAAUGAAAUAUCGGAAGAAUUGAAUCAUCUUCGUGAGUCGCUUGAAAGUACCACAGAAUGUAUGGAUGAGAAAAACGAUUAUGACAAUCAUUUGGCUACUAUGGUGAAAAAUGAACAUGACUUGUGGAAAAUUAUACAAUCUUCACAGUGUUAUGCAAAAAAUGGAUCAGAUCCAAUAGUUUCUACAAUUGGUGAAACAAUAAGUAAUCCCGCUGAAGAUUGCCAUGUUAUAAAAAGUGAUAAUAGGAAUGCAACCUCUGGGUUCUAUUGGAUAGAGCCAAAAUGUUCAAAGCACCCUCUACGUGUUUACUGUGAUAUGGAUUCAUUGACUUCAAUAUAUGUAUGGAAUGGAAAGGGUAAUACAGUGGCUCCACAGCCUUUACACAAUCUAAGGUCGCCAUCUCAUAUAAGGUACCAAUGCGCUGCUUUUGGUUUGGAUCCACUCAUAAUAAAGUCUAAACACCAAAUAAACGAGCUAAAAAAAGCACUGCAUCUCAUGGAUUUUGAGAAUAAGGUUGAAUCCUUUGUUCCCUUAGCAUAUAGAUUCGGUAACUCUAACAAGUUUAAAGAUCUGUUGAACAUAUUCUCAUUCAUGGGAUUCCCUUCUGAUAUUGUUAACGAUCCACUUGUUGAAAACGGAGAAAUACCUGUUCCUACUAAUUCCGUGGAUCUACAUAACAAUGCAGCUGGCCUUUCGAUAGCCACUGGGGAUAUAGAAAUGUUUGAUCUUGAAACAUCUGAUCUAUCUGCUGUUGUAUGUUCCACAAAUAUAACUGACAAUGUAGUUGUUCCCGUUUCUCUAACUUGCGAUGAUAUGUUUUCAAAAACCAACAAGCUAUCUGGAAAUCUGAAUACCAAUAUACUUGUUAGAUGUGAUGAAGAUUGUUCCAGCUCUAAAGAAUUCCAUGUAUAUGGUAGUAACGGCUUGUAUAGUGAUCACAGUUCUAUCUGCAAGGCAGCUAUACAUUCCGGAAUAAUUGGUCCCAAGGGUAUAUUCACUAUUUCUAUUGAAAAGGGACUAAAAUACUACGAAGGAUCAAAUGAAAAUGGUGUACAGAGCUUUUCUUAUAAUAAAUCUUGGCAAGGUUUGAAGGAUCUGAUCUCUAAAAAUGAUAAAGAAGACGAAAUUCCUGAUCAUAGUGGCCCAGAUUGCAAAUUUAGCAUAAGGAUUUUGCCUAUUGAAAAAAGAUGUCCCAUUGUGGAGGCCCAUGGUUCUUUUCUACAAAUUAGUGACGUAAAAAGUAUUGCAGCUACUAACAAUGGUAAUGAGCAAAAGAUUAGUGUUAAGAGUAUACAAGAGAAGAAUGUUGAUGCUGAAGAAUUUGCCGUGGAACAAUCAGAUCCUACAACUAAAAAGGAAGCGUUGAAAGUUAUUAAUGAAAUGGAUGCAAUGUAUGGUGUCGACAGUAAAAGUGUUACUGCAAUGAUAGAAGAAAUUGCUGUGGUAGUAUCCCAAUCCAAAAAACGCCUAAAACCACUGGAAUCAGUUUCUAAUCAUCAAGAUCAUGGUGUUUUAUCAUUGUUGGAUAGAGUAAAUGCACUCUCAGAAAAAGCAUCAAACUUAUUUAGUUCAUCCGAAUUCCAAAAGACAAUGUACGAAAAACUCUUGGCUGAUGAAGAAGGGAAAUCUGUUGAUAUAUCCGAUGAUUUCAAACUGGACUAUACAAAAAUGCCAUUUUCAAAAACCUUUAAAAUACACGAUACAAUGAUGUCAUCUGGCGGACCAAGUCAUUGGGGGUAUUCUGAUUCACCCUUUGAAGACCAUAAUAAUUAUAUUGUUCAAAGCAGCGAUAUCAACAGUAACAUCAAAGCUGAAGGUACAUUUGCUUUCUUGAAACACUAUACUUACUUCGACUUUGAUAUGAAUAUUGAUUUGCUAUCAAAAUAUGAAGGUUCCAUCGGUGUUGCAUUUCGCGUUCAGGACCAAUUUAAUUACUAUUUGUUUGUAAUGAAUUAUAAUGAGUCGUACAAACAAUUACUAAAGGUUCAAGAUGGUAUUGUGUUGGUAUUAUCUACUAAUCCAGAUGGUGGAUUUACAAGUAAUAAGUGGACAAAUAUCAAAAUCUCUGUAUCGCAUUCUCAAAUAACAAUACAUUCCAAUGAAAAUAUCAUAUUGACAGCGCUGGAUACAUCAUUUUUGCAUGGAUCUAUCGCGCUGUAUUCUAAUGGAACGAAUGGUACAUUUUAUUUUGAUAACAUAGAAAUUAAAGGGAAACCUUGCAAGAACAUUGAAUCACCCAAAAGAUUAGAUCGACUCAAGGAAUUGCCAUGUUGCCAUUAUAAUGAAACAUUCUUGGGAAAAUUCGAUGAUUCAUACAGUGUUAUCAAUCCUCGACAUUUGCAUACCACAUCUUGGUUAUUUAAGGAAAUGUUUGGAGGAAAACAUUUGGCCAUACACCAACGUAACGCAUCACUCGAUUCCCUAGAGAUAGGAUCAUUAGCUAUACUCAAAAAUGAUAGACUCUGUAAUACAGGAUUCUUCCGUUUCAGGGUCUUUCCACAGUGUGAUAAUGGAAUUGUUGGUGCUGUGCUCCACUACCAUGAUGAAAAUAACAUGUACCUUGCGGAAUUAAGUAUAUCGGAAUUACGUAUAAGGAAAAUAGAAAAUGGUUCUGCUAAAACCCUUUCAUCCACUUCUGCAACAUUUAUUCCAUCAAGGUGGAACAUAAUUGAAAUUGCGAUAGAAAAAAAUAGUAUAACUGCAAAGAUAAAAAAUGGGAUAGACCAUGACUCAUUCCUAAGGGAGUGGUUGACAUCAUCGGACUAUGAAAUUAAAGCUAAUGUAGACUUGUCAGGGGAUCUUGGUCGUGGUAUUGGACUAAAGUCCUAUGCAUGUGACUCAUGCUAUUUUGACAAUAUUCAGGUUUCCCCUGUGAUUGAAAGAGAAAAGUUACCUCUAACAAACUUUGUCCAGGAACUUUCCAUCAGCAAUGUAUGGAAGCCAUGCAUCACAAAUGUACAUAUACUGUCACGCGUCUCCGUAUGCAAAAAAAUCUUUAGAAAUCCAAAAGAUAUAAAUGCAUGCACCGUGGAUUUUUGUGAACCCUGCUGUCUACACCACACAAAGUUGCUAGGAGAAUAUGAAAGACACAACUGCCAAGAACAGUGUCAUAAAAACCAACAAAUCGCAAAAUUAUAUAUGGAAAAGUUUGAAUCUUAUGUAAAUAGUUGUAUUUCCCUGCAAGGACCUGGAUUUGACCACUGUGAAGGGGUAAGUUCCACCACAAUGAUGUAA